AUGGAAGUAGUUACACUCGAAUCAGAUGAAGAAGAAAAGAAAGAACAGAAAUCUUCUUGGUCUGAUAUUUUCUCGAGGAAAACAGAAGUGCAAGCACAGAAGAAAGUUACGAAAAAAGAACCGCCUGUAAAAAAAGAAGUUUCACUUGAAUCAACUAGUUCUUCUUCUUCAUCAUUUUCAGAAAAUGAAGUUGCAAUUGGAACAGGGAAAGCGCUUGUAAAGUCAUCAGAAAUUAUCGAAAGACGAGAUAAAGUUUUCGUUGAAGUAUUCCAUCACAAAAAAUAUAAAAGUAAACUGCAAAUGCGUGCCAUCAAUUGUAUUCUAAAAAGGCAAUGCGAUGUUUAUGUUUCACUUCCAACCGGAGCCGGAAAAUCCUUAUGCUAUCAACUUCCCGCAAUUGUUCACGGAGGUAUAAGUGUUGUUAUUUCUCCACUCAUUGCUCUUAUGAAAGAUCAAAUCAGUUCACUUCGAUCAAAAGGAAUUCCAUGUGAAACUUUGAAUUCAACUCUAACUGCAGCCGAAAAAUCCAAUAUUAUGCGCGAAUUGAACUGUGUUGCUCCAAAAAUACGAAUGCUUUAUAUCACAGCCGAAGGUGCGGCAACAGAUUCUAUGAAAAAAUUUUUAGCCGAUUUGAAUAAACGAGAAUUAUUGAGAUAUAUUAUUAUCGAUGAAGCACAUUGUGUAACUCAUUGGGGACACGAUUUUCGACCAGAUUAUUUAUCACUUGGAAAAUUACGUGAUAUUUGCCCCGGAGUUCCAUGGAUUGCUUUGACUGCGACUGCAAACACAAAAGCACAAGAUGAUAUUGUAUUUCAAUUAAAAAUGAGAAAUGUGGAAAGUUUCAAAGCUGGAACAUAUCGAGAUAAUUUAUAUUAUGAUGUUUGUAUGAGAGAUCAUUUGAGCACAGCUCCAGAAAAUCAUCUAGCCGCUUUUAUUACAAAAUGUUUGAGUGUUGUAGAUAAGAAAAAUGAUGACAAAGGAGGUAUUAAGGAUAAAAAUGUGCGAACACAGAAUAAAAAGGUUUGAUUUCAAAAAUAUUUUGUUUCACUAACCAAAAUUUGUAAUCUAGAUUUUGACCGGAAGUGCAAUUGUAUAUUGUCGCUCUCGAAACGAAUGCGAACAAAUGGCUCUAACUUUGAAUAAAGCUGGAAUAACUUGUUUGGCUUAUCAUGCAGGACUUGGGAAAAAAGAUCGAAAUGAUGUACAAGAUAAAUGGAUGUCAAAUGAGGUUGCUGUUGUAACUGCGACCGUCGCUUUUGGGAUGGGAAUUGAUAAACCAGAUGUUAGGUAACUCGAAGGGAAAAGUUUCAAAAAAAAUAAUGUCUAAAAAUUUGCAGACUUGUUGUUCAUUGGUCUCCAUCUCAAAAUUUAGCUGGAUAUUAUCAAGAAGCUGGUCGAGCGGGAAGAGAUGGAAAACGAAGUUAUUGUCGCAUUUAUUAUUCAAAUUCUGAUAAAAAUGCUCUGAAUUUCUUGGUAUCUGGAGAUUUGGCGAAACUUCGAGAAAAAGCGAAAAAGAAAAAUGGAACUGAAUCAGAAAAAGCUGAAUUGCAAAUAAAAGCUAUUCAAACAGGACUUGCAAAAAUGAUUGAGUAUUGUGAAUCAGCUCAAUGUCGACAUGUUUCUAUCGCCAAGUUUUUCGAUGAUUCAGAUUGUCGACCGUGUGAAACGAAUUGUGAUUAUUGUAGAAAUCCAAAGGAUACUGAGAAAAAGUUGCAAGAUUUUGAGGUAAAAAAGCAUUUUUGCCAAGAACAAUUAAAGAUAAUAAGAAGACAUCGAACAGUUUCUGAAAAUAAUUGGUCUUAUCGUUGCGAAAAUUCCAAUUGAUAAAGUUUAUGAUUUUUUGGGAGAAAAAAGAACUUCAAGAAGAAUUGUUCGGUUUUUGGACUGUGCUGAUGUAAAAAUAAUCUGAAAAUUGGAAAAAUAAUUGAAAAGAUGCGGGAUAAAACCAAGUAUCAAAUGAAAUAAUGACUCCAAAAUUAGCAAAGCCUAGAAAAAAGUUCCAAAUUUUUGAAUCCUUAUACUGAAAACAUUACCAUAAGUUUGAAAUUUCUCUCGAUUUUCACACGAUUUGUAAAAACUUCACACAGUUUCACUAUCUCAAAGGUCCUCUGUUAUUUCGAUUUUCAACAAAAUAACUACAAUGUUCCGCGUUUACACCUCCAAAAAUCGUGGAAAACUCGAUUUGUAAAGGUGUAUAUUCGGAGCAUCGUUAAGGAUAUGAUUUACCUUCACCUGGUUUUUUUAAAAAUUAAUUUAAAGUGUUUUUUUUUUCAGUGGGGCAAGGAUAAGAAGGCCAACGCUUAUAUGAAUCGCUGGAAAAAUAAUGAUGUUGAUACGGAUGAUUUGUAUGGCGGUGGCAAAUGGUGAGUCAUUUCAACAAAAAAAUAUCUCAAAAAUUUCAACAAAAAAAAAACGAUAUCAAAACAAAAACACUUUUCGAUUUGUCUAUGUUUUUUUCGGCCACAGAAUGCACUUUUUUCAUGAAAAAGGAAACAUCUGUUAGGUUUUUUCUAUUCAAGAAAACAGUUGUAUGAGUAUUCAUAACGUUUUUCAAAAUAAUUGUAACCAAAUUCAUUUUUUCCAGCUCUUUGGCAAAGGACGAAGAUAUGUGGAAAGAAUCAGCAAGUUCGAGUACUGUGAAAGAUCGAUGUGAAACUGAAGAAAGUCAAAGAUUGAGAUCAGUUUUGAAAAAUGAAUUCGCAAAAAGAAGAAGUAAUAAUUCCGAAGGAUUUGGUGGGCCGGUCAAACGAACAAAAGUUGAGGAAAAACCAGCUGAAGAUGUGUCUGUCAUUAAUUUUGAAUUGAAAACUAUUCCAAAUGUCACAUUAGAAGUGAGAACUUUCUUAUAAUAAUUAUCAUUUCAACAUAUAUAUAUUUAUAAUUUUUAGACUCGAGAAUCAUUAACUCGCCAAUUCAUCAAAGCACUUCAAAGAAAACUGGAUCACCAAGUCAUCUCAAGAUAUUACCGCAAAAAAUUGUGCUGAAAAACUUGAGUUUGCGUUGUAUGGUAGUUGUAAAACUGCAAUGACUUAUCGAAUGAAAUGCUCACAUAAGGUAAAUUUUAAGAAUUUCUAGAGGUUUUUAGAAGGACUAUAAAUAAGAUUCCGACUAGGUACGAUUUAUGGGAGAAAUUCUGAACCAGAACAUUUUUUUGAGAACAAAAAUAGACAAAAAAAGUGGUCCGAUUCAGAAUUCUUCUCAACAAAUCGAACCUUUUCCGAUUCCUCUGAUCAUUUUCCAAAUUUGCCAAACUUCUAUUUCCAGGUGGCUGAGAUCAAGAAAAAGACGAAAAACUUUGAAAUUUUCGAAUUUGAAAACACAGCCAUCGAACAAUCUGGAUUUUCCAAAGCCUCCAAUUUAAUCUAA